AUGGAAUAUGGUGAUCAAGAGCCUGUCAACAUACCAACAUUAAAUGCUCUAAGGGUAAUGAAACAUAAAGUUUUUCAAAAAAGUCAUAUUCAUCAAGAUUUAAUCACAGCUUUAUCUUUGCUUAAGAACACAGUAAAUUACAAUAUAAUAAUUUACAAUAUGGGUUACGACCGUUUCUUCUUACAUUAUUGGACAUCAACUGAAAUAAAUACCUACACGGUAUAUACAAAAAAAAAAAUACCAAGAAUAACAAUAGAUGCUACAGGAGGAUUGGUAAGAAAAUUUUUAUAUGACAUUGGCAUAAUGGAUUACAAAAACAAAUGCCAGUUUCUGCAGCCCAUAUGCUAUCAGAAAGACUUGAUUCAACAGUACCAGUUAUUGGCUGACAGAGUGGUUAAGGAGCAAUAUUGUUACACCAAAAAUUGUUGUGACGGAUCAGUCGUUAGCAUUAAUGAAUGCAGUGGCUAA